GCUCUCAGCAAGGUGUCAACCUAAACACCACAAUCAGCGUGUCGAAGCUCACAUUGGUGAUUCUGUUCCCUUUCAUUAUACCAAACACACUAUACUUCACGCUGCGUAACAUUACAGGCUCGAAAGAUCGUGUAGCGCUUAUUUCCUUGCCCUGUGCGGGCGUCCUAUUGAGCUUCCACGUAAUGUGGCUUAUUUUCAAGUACAAAAGCCACGCUCACCUCUUUCGAGAAUUGAACGAAGCAGAAGAAAGUGACGAAAACGAGAACGGCCUAACAGCCUCGGAGCAUGUGGAAAUUCCUCUUCGAUCUCGUGCAGCAUAUCUCCUCUGGCUCACAGUAGUCUUCAUUCUUGCCAUGCAGUGCUUAAACAACCUCAUCAACGCCCCGGUCCCCUCCUCCACAACCCGCAUUUUCGUUGGUGGUGUACUUCUUCCAUUUGUCACCAACGUUUCGAACAUUAUCAAGACAUGUCUUAUCGCAAGAUCAAGUCGGAUGGAGCUGGUUCUCCACCUUACUGUUGAGACGGCAAUCGGACUCACCUUCUUUACACUUCCCAUUCUUAUCAUCGCCAGUGCCACUGUAGGCUAUCCUCUUCUUAUAUCUGGAGUUCCUAUGGUACUGAAUGCGAUUUUAUUUAUCAGCGUGCUCGCAGUCGCCUUCUUAAUCAAAGAUGGAACCCUGACUUAUCUAAAGGGUUGCAUGUGCUUGGCCCUGUAUGAUCUUACCCCAUAAUGAGCUGUGCUACCAGACCUAAUACUCUUGCAGCUACUCUAUUAUUGUCCUGGGCUUAUAUGUAGUUCCAGAUGAGAUCAACUAAGAUCUGUGACGGGCUUGACGACUUGAUGGGUUUACACCGGAAUGCCUUAGCGCGACAUCAGUGAAUGAGACGAGCAGGGUAUCAGCCUUGCCACACAAACGCCUAUAAAAACUGCCUGUUGCCUAGAUAGAUUUCCUCCUCUCCGUCUUUCCUCUCCAGAUUCGAUAUUCUCGUCGUUAGGCUACCUAGUCUAGAUAUGAAUAUUAUUCGCUUUAUCUGCCAGUUUCCGAGCCCGUGACAUAAUUCGGCAAUAACCCAGAGUGUGACGGCUCAGCGCCUCAACGCCGCUAUGCAAGCAAACGAAGAAAGCACUUAGCGCGCUCACAGAACCCAUAUAGACCUCGUUAGUCGCGGAUAAUCGACUCCUCCGGACCUCCGGCCCC